AAACAUAUCACUUCAAAAAUAUUAAAAAAUAUUCAUAAUAAAAUAAAAUUAAAUAAGAAAUGAGCUGCUGCUUCCGGGGAUGUUUCAACACGCGGAAUAGCUGUAGGAAUACAGCUGUAAAACAUUUCAAAUUUCCUGUUGUGCCGUAUUUACGGGAAAAGUGGAUGAAGGAUUGCGGAUUAAGCGAGCAGCAAUUGCCAAGGGAACCGUUUGUGUGUUCCAAUAAUUUUUUAAGUACAGAUUUGAUUGCGCGGAACGGUCGUGCACUGCUAAGCCGAGGUGCCAUCCCCGGAGCCGAAAUCGAUCAACAACCAAGCGGCAUGGACGAUGACAAUGAAUAUUGUAUAGACGACGCCAGCGAAUCCCCUUUCGUUGGGAUAUCAAGAAAAAGAGCCAGGAAAGGAUACGUCAGCGUUUCAACGCAAACUGAGUAAGUUUUUUUAUGGCGAUACCAACGAAUUAAUACAUUACACGGUAACACACUAUACGUAACGGCUCUCAGAAGCGGUGAAGUAAAUACAUCAUGGCUUUCAGCGACGAUGAAAUGAUUGGUUAUGGCAAUCGAUGCAUUCAGACGGAAAUCUAAGGAGACUUGUACCGCGGCUCUCGUAGUCGCAUUACAUUAGUAGGGGCUGGUAAGGACGGUAGUGUCAGUUUAAGCCGUGAAGGCCGGAGGAUGUCGGCAGGGAAGAGGAGUCAAAGCUUACGGAGAAACCUUGUGUUCUAACAGCUUAACCAGGAAGAGGACGUUUAACAUACUUUAGGUAAAGUUAAAAACCAAUAAUUUUUAACAAAAAGAGAGAAGUGUGAUAAAUAGAAUUAAUUAUUGAAUUAAUUAAGCUUGUUCGUUAUGUUAUGUUGUUAUGUUA